UCCCACACAGGUCACUAUUGAUGGUCUUUAGGAUUGCUUCCUUUCUUUCAACUAUUCAUAGUUGGAUAGCAAUAAGCAUAUUAUGUUGGUGGCUAUUGUUAUCAUCACCUUCUUCAACUGACAAGUUUCAAGAGUUUUUGCAACGCCACUCUUUCGCCACUUUAAACGGCUCUCGGAAAUGGGUUGUAGCAACAUUAGCUAAUGAAGCCUAUAUUCCGUUGGUGAAUUUAUUCGUUGGUCGCCUCUCUACCUUGCAACUCGAAAACUUGAUCGUUUUUUGUAUCGACCCCUAUAUUUAUGAAUAUUGUGUAUUCCAUCAUAUACCUGCUUGGAAAGUCACCGACUUGAUACCACCCAGCUGUUUACCUUUCUCAUUUUGGCAAAACAUCUUCCAAAAUAUCAACCACCGAAGAGCUUAUCCAGCAGGAGGCAACAUAGAAUUCAUUUCACUUACACAACUGAAAUAUCUGGUGUUCUAUUCCGUUAUUUCUUACAACGUGGAUAUAUUAUUUUCAGAUCCCGAUGUUGUAUGGAUACAAAAUCCCAUUCCUUAUUUGCAACAAAAACGUAGUCUCCAUGUCGAUAUUUUUAUUCAAACAGAUCGAAAGUAUUCUCAUCAAUCUCUCUUUUCUUAUAUGAAUACUGGAUUUGUGUAUAUUCAUAGUCAUUGUGCUACACAGUUAUUAUUACGUAUAAUGAUGCAACAAAUGUAUCAACAAUAUCCUAUCAUUAGUCAACAACGAAGUUUCAAUAGAGUAUUAUGUAGAACAGGUCCUUUUUGGUAUUCUAAAAGAGUAGCAACGAAUACCUGUCUUACCUUUUUGAAACCAGAUCCGACCUUUUCAUACUGUAUAGGUCUGAAUACAAGGCUAGAUGAGAAUCAUAAUAUUGUUGCUCAAAUUGUGACACAAGUAUUGGACCCUGAAAUAUUUCCUCAUGGUGCUUAUACCUUGUGGGUUUCCUACAAUGAGAAGAAUACAGUAAUAUCAAAGAAUACAAGAUGGAUAGAUAUUUCUUUCCAACAACUACAAGAUGAUAUAUUCUUUCAUGCCGAUAGAAUGAUUAUUCACUAUAAUUGGAUAAGAGGAGUUGUCAACAAAACGGAAAAGAUAUCUCAAGCGUUGAGUUAUUUGGAAUCCAAAUGCUUUUGAAGAAGAAAAUCACAAUUGAAAAAGUGUGGAUUGAUGACAAGUUUCACUUGUUGCCUAUUCGUUUCUUCUUGUCCACAUACUUGUUUUCCUUCUCAAAGAAGUUUAGGAUUACAACCAUGGAAUAAUUUUACAGGUGCUCGUCUCUCUAAACUUU